AUGGAACUGUCCAGUUGUCCGGCUCCAUUGCUGAUUGGUGAUGACAGCCUGCAGAACUGGUGUGUGAUUGGCUCAGGAGGGUUUGGACAGAUCCACAAGGCCAGACAUGUAGAUUGGGGGUUGGACGUGGCCAUCAAGUUGCUGCAUUAUGAUGAUGGGUAAGUAGGACUAUUGCCUAUUUCACAACUUUGCAAAAAAGUACAUUCUUGAGUUAAGUGCAUAUUCAUAUUGUAGCGACCAUAGUUAACUCAACACCUAUUGAUCUCGUCAAGGGGUUCGGAUCUCUUGGCGUAACGACUGUUAGGUUGACAGUCGUUGGAACCGGGUUCGAGUCCCGGCCCGGGCAAAUCCCUAAUUUGCCUCAAUAACAUGUUGCCUAUAUCUCUGUCAAUUAUUUUCUCCCUCCACACAUGCACACACACCUCUACCUACCUACCCAUCCCACACACACACAAACACAUACAUACACACAAGCUCCAGCUCGUCUCUGCUCAGAGAGGCAGACCUCAUGCGCCAGGGGGGGAGCUCGUAUGUCCUCAGGAUCCUAGGGGUGUACCAGGGAUGUCCCCCCUGCUCCGGCCUCUCCAGCCACCUGGGCCUGGUCAUGGAGGUAAAUAAUACCUACUGUGAAUAAGUCUGACUUACUGACUCAGAUCCUCUGGAUCAAAAUAUACACGGUUGGUAAUUAAUUAAUUAAUAAUAGCUUCUUUUCAUCUAUACUUUACUCGACAGUUUAUGGAGAGGGGAUCCCUGGCGGCCCUCCAGGAACGUCUCUCCGCCCCCCCACCCUGGCCUCUGUCCUUCCGCCUGGUCCACCAGGUGGCUCUGGGAAUGAACUUCCUCCACCACCUCGAUCCGCCCCUGCUGCACCUGGAUCUCAAGCCCAGUAACGUGCUGCUGGAUGACAGCCUCCACGCCAAGGCAAGUCCCAGGCUCCUGGGUUUGAUACAUCUUCACUAUUAUUGGCUAUUAAGGCCUUGCGACAGCCUAGUGUCCUGUCCAGGGUGUGUACUUGUCCAUCAAGCUGCCUCACGCUACAGGAACAGGAGAUAGGCUCCUGCCCUAUGGGCCAUUCUGUCUCGGAUAAGGCUUACUUAUUAUCUUAUUAUUGACCUGUAAUUGUAUCAUAUAGAGCAGGGGUUCCUAAGCGUUUUCACUCCGGACCCCCCUUCCAGCAUUGGGGAACAUCUCGCGCCUCCCGCUGCGUGAAGCGCCACGUCUAUUUCUAUGGGCACAAGCACUGUUAAUGACACAAACUGUUCACACCCCUCUGCAAUUCUAUACAUUUUGCCAUGUCUAAUGUGUAUUCAUGUAUAUCAUGUGUAUUCAUCUCUCUCUCGCUCUCUCUCUCUCUCUCUCUCUCUCUCUCUCUCCAGCUGACAGAUUUCGGCCUAGCCAGGGUUUACCACAGCGUUUCCAAAGCGAACAGGAAGGACACGGGAGAGGACGGCGGUACAUUAAGUUACAUGCCACCAGAGGCUUUUGACAUGACAUACAAGCCCACCCACGCCUCGGAUAUCUACAGGUAUGUAUACACCAUUGAAUCAAUUGAUAUUUCUCGAGGCAUCAUUCAGGAUAAUAAUAAUAAAACAGUUUACAGCAGGUAUAAAACGUGCAGCAAAAUGCUUGUGAACUGAAUGGAUACAUAAAGUUUUCACACCCCUUGACGUUUUCCACAUUAUGUUGUGUUACAGCCUGAAUUUAAAAUAGAUUACAUUGAGAUUUUGUGUCACUGGCCUACAUACAAAGUGGAAUUAUGUUUAUCGAAAUUUUUACAAAUUCAUUAAAAAGGAAAAGCUGAAAUAUCUUGAGUCAAUAAGUAUUCAACCCCUUUGUUGUGGCAAGCCUAAAUAAGUUCCGGAGUAAAAAUGUGCUUAACAAGUCACAUAAUAAGUUGCAUGGACUGUAUGCAAUAAUAGUGUUUAACAUGAUUUUUGAAUGACCACCUCAUAUCUGUACCCCACACACAAUUAUAUGUAAUGUCCCUCAGUCGAGCAGUACAUUUCCAAUCCCUCGCAAAUAAUUGAAUAUUCCUUUGAGCAUGGUGAAGUUAUUAAUUACACUUUGGAUGGUGUAUGAAUACACCCAGUCACUACAAAGAUACAGGCAUCCUUCCUAACUCAGUUGCCGGAGAGGAAGGAAACUGCUCAGGGAUUUCACCAUGAGGCCAAUGGUGAUUAUAAAACAGUUACAGAGUUUAAUGGGGAUACCUAGUCAGUUGCACAACUGAAAGCAUUCAACCCAACCCAUCUGAAUCAGAGAGGUGCGGGGGGCUGCCUUAAUUGACAUCCAUGUUAUAGGUGCCCAGGGAGCAGUUGUUGUGGGAGUUAACUGCCUUGCUCAAGGGCAGAACUUUCCACCUUGCCGGCUCUGGGAUUUGAACAAGCAACCUUUUGGUUGCGAUCCCAACGUUCUAACUGCUGUGCUACCUGCCGCUCUUCAAUGGCUCUGAUAAGAGAAAACUGAGGAUGGAUCAACAACAUUGUAGUUACUCCACAAUACAAACCUAAUUGACCGACUGAAAAGAAGGAAGCCUGUACAAUAUUCCAAAACAUGGAUCCUGUUUGCAACAAGGCACUAAAGUAAUACUAAUACUAAUUUGGCUAAGCAAUUAACUUUUUGUCCUGAAUAGAAAGGGUUAUGUUUGGGGCUAAUACAAUACAACACAUUACUGAGUACCACUCUCCAUAUUUUUCAAGCAUAGUGGUGGCUGCAUCAUGUUAUGGGUAUGCUUGUAAUCGUUAAGUGUUACAGGAGGGGGUCACAGUUCCGGAGCGACCCACUAGGUGUAAUCCUCCGACAACCUUAGGCACCUCCUCACUCACAGUCUGGACUAAUCAUCAUCCUAUUGGUGUCACCUGUGUCUACCUGUUCACCUGUGUAUUUAUGCCCUCACUUCCCUGUGUUCCCUUGCUCAGUUUUCUCUGCUAGUUUCACUAUGCCAAGCAGUGCUAAUCAGUGUCUGAUCACGGGAUGUAUGGACAGGUACGUGAGAAGUGUUCUCCCUGUUUAUUUAUUAUUUCAGUCACAGUUAGUAUUUCGUAUUUUGGCUGGCAGCCUGUUUUUUGGAGUCUUAUUUGCUCCGCCUUUCUUUUUCGUGUAAAGUCCGUUAUUUUGUAUUCUGGCUUCGGGACCAUCAGUAAAGAUCCUUGUUUCGCCAUCUCUGCCUACUGCCUACUGUCUAUCCUGCACCGCACCUGGGUCACACCUCACACCAACCCUUACAGUUAAGGACUAGGUAGUUUUUAAGGACAAAAAAAGAAACGGAAUGGAGCUAAGCACAGGCAUAAUCCUAGAGGAAAACCUGGUUCAGUCUGCUUUCCACCCGACACUGGGAGAUGAAUUCACCUUUCAGCAAGACAAUAACCUAAAACACAAGGCCAAAUAUACACUGGAGUUGCUUACCAAGAAGACAGGGAAUAUUCCUGAGUGGCCUAGUUACAGUUUUGACUUAAAUCUGCUUGAACAUCUAUGGCAAGACCUGAAAAUAGUUGUCUAGCAAUGAUCAACAACCAAUUUGACAGAGCUUGAAGAAUUUUGAAAAGAAUAAUGGGUACAUGUUACACAAUCCAGGUGUGGAAAGCUCUUAGAGACUUACCCAGAAAGACUCACAGCUGUAAUCGCUGCCAAAGGUGAUUCUAAAAUGUAUUGACUCAGGGUGUUGAAUACUUACCUAAUCAAGAUAUAUUCGUUAAAAAAAAUCUUUAUUAUUAUUAUUACAUUUUUUACAAAUCUUAAGAAUUUUUCUUCCACUUUGACAUUACAGAGUAUUUUGUGUAAAUCGUUGACAAGAAAUUACAAUUUGAAUUAAUUUUAAUCCCACUUUGUAACUCAACAAAAUGUUGAAAAUACUUUCUGAUGGCACUGUAGUAGGAAAAAGAUACGGUACAUGGCUAUCAUGAUGAUUAUUGUUCUCUUUCUAACAGCUAUGGCAUACUACUCUGGUCCAUUAUCACUGGCGAAGAGCCAUAUCCUAGUGAGUGACUAGUCCUAACACACAAAUAAAUACAUUUACCCAUCAAAGAUCUACCCACUUUUUCUUUCCUCUAAUUCACCCCCCUCCCUCUCCUCCUCCUCCCCUCCCCCUAGAUGCCCAGUCCAGUUUGGUGCGGUUCCGGAUCCCCCAGGGGGAUAGACCCUCUCUGGCCACUUUGGACAGGGUCCAGGUCGAAGGGCUGGUGGAACUGGUGGACCUCAUGAAGAGAUGCUGGGAUAUGAAGCCCACCCUGAGACCCUCAUUCCUAGGUAAGACAAGAGCCUGGAGGGGGGUGGAUAUGUUACAAAUCAAAAUUGCAAUAUGUUAUGAAUUUGUUGUGUUUAUGAUCCCGGAGUAUAUCACAUAUUUUCUUGUGACCUGUGGCUCUAUUAUUUUGGGUGUUCAGACUGCCUUGCUGUGACAGAGAUGAUUUACGAGAAACACAAACAAGGGAUAAUUGAUGCCGUUCAUGAAGUGCAGAAGAAACUGGUACUAAAGAUGACCCUGUCGUUCAAAGCUUUCAGUACCAUAACAGUACUAGUCACCUUUAUUAAACAACUACGUCUACCUCGCAUUCUAACUCCCACCUCUGUUUGUCGGUCUCUCUCUUUCUCUCUCCCUCUAGAACUCAGAGAGUGAUCAGAGUAUAACAUCCACUGUCGCUGACCUUCAUAUCUCACAGCCAUCAGGUACAACCCUUUAAAACAACUCAAAAAUCUUAUAUUACCACUGCAGUUAUCAUUCAUUCAUUUGUUAAUUCGUUCAUCUGUUCAUUCAUUCAUUCAUUCAUUCAUUCAUUAAUCUGUUCAUUCAUUAAUUCAUUCAUCUUUCACAGGAAUUCAAAAACACAAAGUGGAAAUCUCUGAUCGUGUGAAGACUGAACCUCCCCGAAGACAGGUAUGCGGUGUAUGGUGAAGUUGGCCUUUGACACUGGUCAGUUUUGCAUUUUCCUCAGUAAUGGUUAAGGUUAGGAUUGGGGGAGAGGAAGCUGAUCCUAGAUCUGUACCUAGGGGAAACUUCCCCCCUGAGCCAGGUAUGGAUCUAAAGUUAAUAAGUGUAUAUAUUUUGCAUCAGAUGCUCAAAUAGGAAAAUGGAAAAUUGGUUUCUGAUAAAUAUAAAUAAAUAAAUAUUAUACAAACAUUAUACAGGACCUAUUUUGUUAUUCCUAUAUUGAAGGAAAAGCAUCUUGUUUAUGAGAAAACAGAAGGGCCUACACAGUAACAUGAGUCUGCAUACUUGUGUAACGUGUAACAUAACAGUGGUGGUGUUAUGAGUAUAAUCGACCAAGGUAUAUAACUUGACUUCCUGUUCUUGUUUUGCUACAGGAAACGGCUGGUGGUUUGACCUCGAAACAGAAAUAUAAAGGUACAGUGGCUUGCGAAAGUAUUCACCCCCCUUAGCAUUUUUCCUAUUUUGUUGCCUUACAACCUGGAAUUAAAAUAGAUUUUUGGGGGGUUUGUACCAUUUCAUUUACACGACAUGCCUACCACUUUGAAGAUGCAAAAUAAUUUUGUGUGUGAAAAAACAAGAAAUAAGACAAAAAAACAGAACGUGCAUAACUUGGUCUUCAUGGUGCCGCUUGCUUGGUGGUGCCCCUUGCUUAGUGGUGUUGCAGACUCUGGGGCCUUUCAGAACAGGUGUGUGUAUAUAUACUGAGAUCAUGUGACACUUAGAUUGCACACAGGUGGACUUUAUUUAACUAAUUAUGUGACUUCUGAAGGUAAUUGGUUACACCAGAUCUUAUUUAGGGGCUUCAUAACAAAUGGGAUGAAUACAUAUGCACGCACCACUUUUCUGUUAUUUAUUGUUUAGAAGUUUUUGAAACAAGUUAUUUUCUUCAUUUCACCAAUUUGGACUAUUUUGUGUAUGUCCAUUACAUGAAAUCCAAAUAAAAAUCAAUUUAAAGUACAGGUUGUAAUGCAACAAAAUAGGAAAAACACCAAGGGGGAUGAAUACUUUUGCAAGGCACUGUAUAACGGUUAUUUUGGGAACAGGUUGUCGUUGGUGGUUGCUUAGUAAUCAAUGAGGUUGAAAGGGGAAACCUUUCUGGCCAUUAAUGUUUGAAUGUUUGAUAACAAAAUGUAUUAUCCCUUCACAAGAUUCUUUGUUUAUUCUUUUCUCUCAUAGAGUAUUCGUCCCUUCAACCCCCAUCGCAGCCAGUGAGAAGGUCAAAUGCAGAUUCCAGUCCAUUCUUCAACCAAUCUCAAACCAAAACCUGUACCCAAUCAUGACUGCAAACCAACAGCUUCCCCCUAUGCGUCUAAUCAAAGUCCAGCGGGACAUUUUCAGGUACAGAGUCAUGUUUCUGUAUGGAAACGUGUUCCCAAAAUAACCGUUAUACAGUGCCUUGCGAAAGUAUUCAUCCCCCUUGGUGUUUUUCCUAUUUUGUUGCAUUACAACCUGUAAUUUAAUGGAUUUUUAUUUGGAUUUCACGUAAUGGACAUACACAAAAUAGUCCAAAUUGGUGAAGUGAAAUGAAAAAAAGAAGUUGUUUCCAACAAUUCUAAAAAAUAAAUAACGGAAAAGUGGUGCGUGCAUAUGUAUUCACCCCCUUUGCUAUGAAGCCCCUAAAUAAGAUCUGGUGCAACCAAUUACCUUCAGAAGUCACAUAAUUAGUUAAAUAAAGUCCACCUGUGUGCAAUCUGUGUCACAUGAUCUGUCACAUGAUCUCAGUAUAUAUACACCUGUUCUGAAAGGCCCCAGAGUCUGCAACACCACUAAGCAAGGGGCACCACCAAGCAAGCGGCACAAUGUAGACCAAGGAGCACUCAAACAGGUCAGGGACAAAGUUGUGGAGAAGUACAGAUCAGGGUUGGGUUACAAAAAAAUAUCAGAAACUUUGAACAUCCCACGGAGCACUAUUAAAUCCAUUAUUAAAAAAUGGAAAGAAUAUGGCACCACAACAAACCUGCCAAGAGAAUGCCGCCCACCAAAACUUACGGACCAGGCAAGGAGGGCAUUAAUCAGAGAGGCAACAAAGAGACCAAGGAUAACCCCGAAGGAGCUGCAAAGCUCCACAGCGGAGAUUGGAGUAUCUGUCCAUAGGACCACUUUAAGCCGUACACUCCACAGAGCUGGGCUUUACGGAAGAGUGGCCAGAGAAAAGCCAUUGCUUAAAGAAAAAAAUAAGCAAACAUGUUUGGUGUUCGCCAAAAGGCAUGUGGGAGACUCCCCAAACAUAUGGAAGAAGGAACUCUGGUCAGAUGAGACUAAAAUUGAGCUUUUUGGCCAUCAAGGGAAACGCUAUGUCUGGCGCAAACCCAACACCUCUCAUCACCUGAGAACACCAUCCCCACAGUGAAGCAUAGUGGUGGCAGCAUCAUGCUGUGGGGAUGUUUUUCAUCGGCAGGGACUGGGAAACUGGUCAGAAUUGAUGGAUGGCGCUAAAUACAGGAAAAUUCUUGAGGGAAACCUGUUUCAGUCUUCCAGAGAUUUGAGACUGGGACGGAGGUUCACCUUCCAGCAGGACAAUGAACCUAAGCAUACUGCUAAAGCAACACUCGAGUGGUUUAAGGGGAAACAUUUAAAUAUCUUGGAAUGGCCUUGUCAAAGCCCAGACCUCAUUCCAAUUGAGAAUUUGUGGUAUUAUUUAAAGAUUGCUGUACACCAGCGGAACCCAUCCAACUUGAAGGAGCUGGAGCAGUUUUGCCUUGAAGAAUGGGCAAAAUUCCCAGUGGCUAGAUGUGCCAAGCUUAUAGAGACAUACCCCAAGAGACUUGCAGCUGUAAUUGCUGCAAAAGGUGGCUCUACAAAGUAUUGACUUUGGGGGGAUGAAUAGUUAUGCACUGUUUUUUUGUCUUAUUUCUUGUUUGUUUCACAAUAAAAAAUAUUUUGCAUCUUCAAAGUGGUAGGCAUGUUGUGUAAAUCAAAUGAUACAAACCCCCCAAAAAUCCAUUUUAAUUCCAGGUUGUAAGGCAAGAAAAUAGGAAAAAUGCCAAGGGGGGUGAAUACUUUUGCAAGCCACUGUAUAAUAAUUGAACAGUGAAGUGAACACUAAAAUGUUUUAUUCUGCUGAAUCAAUGAAACCAAAGUCAUGACUAAAGCUCAUGUCGUAGGCUACAAUGUGACCAAGUUAUAAACUUUGGACAUAGGAGAUACCAUACCCGGUCUCAGAGAUGCCUAACUCUACUGAGUAAAUCAGCUUUUUGUUUUCUUUCACCUUAUUAGUGGAACGAUCUUCAAAAUGUUCUUAAAUUUGAUUUUUCGUUGCCUCUAGGGAAAUUCAGAUAGCUGAUUAAAGAAGGACCUUAAUACUGAUGAAUGUGUUGUUUUUUUAAAAUCAUUUUUUUCUUUCUGCUUACAUUUUGAUGUGUGUAUUUUCUAUAAUUUAUGUAAUUCAGGGCUCAUCUGUAAAAUAUACCUUGGUCUCAGUAUGACUCCCUGAUAAAAUAAAAUAAAUAAAAAUGAUAAUAUUUACUCUCUAAUUUCUCCUUUCAGCGCCAGCAUUCCACUCCAGUUACCCCAUCCAAUUAUUCCACAGGUAUUACUUUCAGUCUAUUUUCUUUCUAUGUGUCUAUUGGUUAAAGGUAUAGGCCACCCAAGUUACAUAUUGGUUUCCUUACCCUGGAACCAGUCUAUGGACACGGUAUGACAGCAAUCCAUGCUUUGGUUUAGUUUCCCUGGCACUGUUUCCGUGUGUUAACAUUUUAGCAUUUGUUGCACAAAUCCCAUUCAAGUCAUGGGAACGAUAUUAGCAUUUUCCACAGAUUAUGUUCAAAUCAUCAAUAAAUUACUGUUUUGAGCUUCACCAUACAUUGUAGAUACUUUCAGUAUGAUUUGGACAUGAUGUGCAGGAAAUUAUAAUAUCGGUCCCAUGACUUGAAUGGGAUUUGUGCCACAAAUGCUAAAAUGUUAGCAUGUGGAAACAGUGCCAGGUAAACGAAACCAAAACAUGGAUUGCCGUCAUACCUUGUCCAUAAACUGCUUCCAGGGUAAGGAAACCAAUACGCCAUUUUGUAAUUUGGGUGAACUAUCCUUUUAAGAGGUGUUUAAAAUGUCUACGCUUUUUCUCAAGUCUUUCCAUGCUGCCAUGCAUCCUUUACAAAGUGUCAGAAGGAAGCAUUUCCUCUUCUUGAAGACAUUUUGAAAAGGAGGAAAUGAGAGAACUGUUGAGAUAGAGCUGGGUGAAUCUUAAAAGUAUUUCCUUGAUUACUUGCCUCCUAAGCACGCAUUGGAGGAGAAGGUCUGAAGGGAGGGACAUGGGACCUUCUCCUCCAAUGCUUGUUGUGGAUGACGUGAGGAAUCAAGGACAGACUAUUAAGAUACACCCAUAACCAAUUUCUCAUCCAGAUGGAAUCUACAUCAACAUGAGCAAUGUGACAGGAUUCCAGUUGGGUGACAAUAACUGCAUGUUCAUCGGGUCGCAACAUCAAAGUAAACGCCACAGAAACCCCACAGCCCCAUCUAGAGUUAACUUCCCAGCAGCGCAGCCAAGGAACCCUAAAGCUCCUGAGCCAUGGUGAAGUCAGUAACACUCCCAGCUCUAUGCCCGUGAACGAAUCCCUGCCGGAGACCGGGGUUCAAUCCUCGACCGCCUCUCACACUUUGUCUCUCAUCUUAACCUGUCAUCUCCUCUGUUUCUAAUCUAUCUGUAAUAAAAACACAAAAUAUUGAGAUUCACUCUCCUUAAAAAAAAUGAAAUUUUAAAGGAUAAUUCUCCUUUUUUUUAAUUACUUUUUUGUAACAUUUUGAAUGAUGAAAUCCUGUGCAGCUAGAGAGCAUGGAUUGAUCCAUCUUUGUCCUUUUCAUUCUGUUAAAUUUGCCCACGAGGGACUGGUCUGUACUGACACUUUUAUAUCUUUGUACUAAAACAAGUUCUCAAUUUGUUGUGCUUCAGGGAAGUCAAUAAAAAGCUCAGCUUUACAGAAUGACCAUCAGUGUUUUCAUCUGUCUUACCACUAGAACAAGUCUAUUUUUCCCUUU